UCAAUCUCAUAAUUAUUUUAUUUAUUAAUUUUUUAGAAUAUUUUUUUUAAUUUUGUACUAAAAAUGUUGAAAGCAAUAAGCAUAUUUAAUCGUAUAAAUACACAAUUAAAACCAUAUGCCUUGGAAGGCACUCGGUGUUUCGUACUGAUGGGUGUUGGGGAUGUUAUUGCACAGAAAUUUAUUGAAAAGAAGUCGUUGACGGAAGUCGAUGUCGUUAGAACUAUGAAAUUUGCUAGCAUUGGCUUCUUUUUUAUUGGGCCAGUUCUAAAAUAUUGGUAUCGAGCUGUCGAUUCUAUGGUAUCACAAAAUCAACACCAAACCAAACGAGCCCUAAAAAAGAUGUUAAUAGAUCAGAGCUGCUGCGCGCCGGUCUUCCCUGUUGCCAUAAUGGGCAUUCUUGGCACAAUGAAUGGUACAGGCGUGGAAGACUUUAAAAGUCGCGUGAAAGCAGAUUAUUUUCAAAUAAUGAAAAAUAAUUAUACGAUAUGGCCUGCUGCACAAAUGAUUAAUUUUGCUUUUGUGCCGAUGCAUCUACAAGUUGUGUUUGUACAACUCGUAGCGAUAGGCUGGAAUUGCUACAUAUCGUUGGUUGUAAAUAAAAAUGCCGCCAAGG